GCUGUCAAGUGGUAGAACUCAAAACGUCUCGAGCACUCUAUGCCAACGCAUAAGGCAGUCACGCAAAAUUUGAAUAAAUAAUAAUUUGAAUUACAAAAAAUAUAUAAGGUGUGGAGAAACCAGAGCAUCUUUCGCGGCAUAAACUGCAAAAAUACAAGUGCCGCGCCCGCUGUGUAACAGAAUUCUGUCGCGACACACACACACUUGCCGAAAAUAAUAGUUUCUGCGAGGACCCUACAUACAUGCACGACAUACAGUGCAACAUUCGUAAUCUCGCGAAACCCGAAAGUCAGCUUGCGCCAGUGCUACGCCGAAUUGUGGGCGCAGACGCCGCCGCCAUCGCUAAUUGUACCGCUUAUUAUCGCGUAUGCGCCUGCGCCUUCUAGCGGCUCGGCCCGGCCCAUGAGUUGGGAGUGACGGAGACAUACACGCAUACACGCUACAAACUCAACUGAACCGAUAUUGGCCCACAGCUACGACUACGGCGUGAACUUGGGGGCAAGCCAUGCCUCCUAAAAAGAGUCAAGGCGCACGUCGCCGUGGCACGACUUUGCCACUAAAUGAUUUCUUGCGCAGCGAUGAGGACAAAAUUGCACCAAAGCCAAAAGGGACAGAAACCAAUCCGCCGAUGGUGAAGAAUAGAUCGAGUCGCUCCCGUAAUAAAACCAGUAAAUAUAACGAUGAAAAGACAAAUCCGCCAAAACCAACAGAUACCAAUCCGCCGAUGGCGACUAACGGAUCCCGUCGCUCUGGUAAUAGUACCCGUAUGACUGACGAUAAGUCAUCGGCACCUUCCGAUGGAUCCAAUCGGCCGUCAACGCCUGCACUUAAAUCCAUCCAGCAAUCCACGUCUGCACUUGGAUCCGUUCGCUCAGGUAAUAGUACCUCUACAAAAUACGAUGAGGAGUUAGAUCCACAAAAACCAACAAAUACAGAUAUCAAAUCGCCGAUUGCAACUAAUGAUACUUUAAAGCCAUCCACAUCAGGAGUUGCAUCCCGUGGCUGUGAUAAUAACGAUGAUAGGCAAUCCACGUAUUCGGCUGUAGCUGGAGCUGCCAAUAGACAAGAGUUGACUGCACCAAUAACCGUCUGGGUAUCUGCUAAUCAAGAGAGUUAUCAGCCGCAAGGAGGCGCUCCUAUUGGCAAUUCAAACAUCCAGCAGCUUCCUGGUAUGGGACUGACUUCAAAUAUCGAGCAGCUGGCAGCACCGUUAGCACCGUUAGCACCGUUAGCACCGUUAGCACCUCAAGCUGUUGUAGGCUUAUUAGACCCAUCCCAGUAUCUGGCGAUGAGUCUAUUGAACCGUCCACCUACCCGUAGAGGAAGGGGGCGACGCAACCGCAAUAGACGACGUGUAAGACGCGAAGGGGCGCCACCUAUGCAGGCUUUAUUUCUGCCUGAGUCGAUACGCCAUCUGAUGCCCAUACCGUUCGGGCCCAUACCGCAGCAGCAAUACUUUAACGUACAGCAACAGUUAUAUAAUGGGAAUUUUGUGCAGCCACAGCCCAUAUUCACGACACAGCCACAAUCGCAGCCACAAUCGCAGCCACAAUCGCAGCCACAAUCCUUAUUGGACUUACCCUACUAUAACGUCCAACAGGAGUCAUAUAAUGGGCAUUCGUUGCAGCCACAAUUUACAAUUAAUCCACAAUACUUGAACGUUCAGGAACAGGCAUAUCAUGGCGGCAUUGGAUAUGCAGGGCAGCAACAAAUUGGAGCCAUAUCUUGCCAUGGGCACCAGCAGAUACCAAACACUCAAGCUCGCACUUAUCGCAUCGAUCGCGGAGCUACUCUACCGAUCCAACCGAGGGACCGCCCUCAGGCACUUGAGCCCUGCAAGUGGGAGGGCACAAGGAUCAGCAUGCGACGCCGUAUCCAGCGACGCAGACGUCUCCAAGCUAGUCAAGAGACCGUGGAAAUGGAAAAUGCUUUCGCCGAGCCGUCAGCACCGGAACCGCUCUAUUGCAAUUGCAACUUCCAAGACAUAGCUCCAAGCUCGAUUUCAGAUAAAUAUUCGGGACCGGUUUCGUUUUCGGCUUCACAUUCGCCAUCGUUUAUAGCUGUUCCUGCGGAUGAGAAUAUUAUUCAAAUGGGCAGGUCAAAGAAAAUGCCCGUCCAAAUGCUUAUACCACCUGGACGUAUCGAUAUACCAGCGGACAUUUCCACAUCGAUGGUUCUCUAUAAUCCGGAGACGGGAGCCAUUGCGGCCCGCUUAGACUCAGAGCCAUUGCCGCUGGCGCUACAGAAUAAUAAUUGCAAUGCGUCGCAGUCGGUUUUUCGGAUGGCCAGCCUCCCGAUCACUGGGGUGGGAACAGAUGGGGAUGGGGCUGGUUCUACAUAUUGGGUAAAGUGCAGCCCACCACUGUCCAGAUGUGGCCACGCCCAGGAUUGGCCUUGCCUCAGUUCCUGGUGCCACACACUGAUGGCAACUUCAUUCCGUACUGGCCCAUUCCAGGAGAAACUGUCUCCUUUCAGCCAGCACCAGGCACAGAGUCUAUUACAAAUCCGAAUCAAUAUUAUUUUGCAAAACCCGGUUCUGGAUUUUACGAUCCGAUGCCAGGACAAGAUGGCCGAGAUGCUUACCCCAUACCGAUUUCGCCUACACAAGAACGAGCUGUUCCCAUUCAGCCGAGGAUCGCCUGCACAGAGUCGGAAUUCAUUUGCAUGUCGCCAUAUGCUGCAAGUCCAAGACCAGGAGCAGCAGAUGGCCUCUCAGAUGGUGGACGAGUUAUCAUUCAAUCGAAGCUCGAUCCAAACGUUCCAGAAUACGUACCACUGUCCCAUGUCCUGGCUAACGCUGGUCGAUAUAGAUCUGGAGGAAACCAAAACAACCAAUCGGAAGCCAAUCAAGAAGGCCAUGCCAACAUCAAUUUUCCUCAGCGACGUCCAAGGAAACAAAAGCGUUCUUCGCGCCGCCACUAAUUCAAUUUCAAUUUGGUCGACUGGUGCUCAAGGACCACCAUUGCUUACGAAUCCGAUCUCGAUUAUGCCAACAUGCGUUCCCCUCAUGAUAUAUGAACUGAUAUAUGCCCAGUGCACUGCCUCAAUCAUCAGUGCUCACGUAACAAGCUUUUUGCUGCCAAAAUACUCGAAGAUUUUACCCUCAGGGAGCGAUCAACUAUCUACACAAACACAUCUUCUCGCCAAUCAGUUCGCCGAGCCAUCUGCCAAACUGGCCAUGCGCUUGGAAGUCCUUUAAACAUCGAUGCGUACUCCGUGUGCCACCAUUAUAUUUUAUAACAAUAACAAUUCAAAUCAAUUAUUUUUGUAAAGAUUGUAUAUGCAAAUGCAUAUCCUUUGAUUUUCUGAAAUGUUGCACACAAAUACUAGAUACAUUUUUGCGUUUUAAAUGUAAUUCAAUAAAUAAAGGUCUAAACCUCAU